GAGGGACGCAAGUCCACUAGCUGACCAUUCCUCACGUCUUGGUAGUCGCACCAGACACACAAUGGCGGCGGCACCUACACAUGCCUACUAUCACCGCCUUCGCCGCCUAGAUGGAGACAGUGAUGCGCUGAACAUUGGUCUCGGCAUCGCCAUCGGGGUCAUCGUGCUCCUUGUGGCCGGGUUCUGGCUAUACCAGCGGCACAAGAACAAGCGACGACUCGAAGAACGGCAUGCUCGUCGUGCUGCCAACCAACGGGGCAACGUACGGCACAGGGACGAAGAGGCGGACCAGCGCACGAUCAACUUCAACGGCCGCCAACCUGCCGCCGUGGCCAACCAGCCAGCGCCGAAGCUUCGUCAGCCUCCGCACCACCAACCCUAUGGGGACAAUUACGUGUUGGAGGACGACGAAUACCGCCACGCCAACAACAAAAAGGCCGCGGCGAAGCAAGCGCUGUUCCAGAUGGACCAAGAGAUGCUCGACGCGAAGCUCGAUUUCAACGCGAUUCAGUACACCCGCAAGCUGACCAAGGGUGCAUUCGGUGAGGUGUGGCUUGGCCAAUACCGCGGCAAGUAUGUCGCGAUCAAGCAGAUCUUGGAAGAGCGCAAGAACGACACCAAGGAAAUCGAGUGCUUUGUCGCAGAGAUCAAGCUCAUGCUCAACUUGAAGCACCCGAAUAUUUUGGACUUUUUGGGGUUUUCGUGGAACCCCAAGGACCACAAUUUGUGCUUUCUCACAGAAUACAUGAAAAACGGCGACUUGUUCUACUACCUUCAGAAGCGCAAGACAGUGUUGACGUGGAAGCGCGAGAAGAUCCAACUGGCGCUGGACAUCGCCCAAGGCCUCGUGUACCUGCACUCGCUCACGCCCAAGAUCAUCCACCGCGACCUCAAGUCCAAGAAUGUCUUGCUUGACGAAAAAUUUACGGCCAAGAUCAACGAUUUUGGCAUUUCCCGUGUGCGCCAAUUCGAAGAAACCAUGACCGCGGGCGUCGGCACCGCGUUGUGGGCAGCCCCAGAAGUGUUCAUGGCCAAGAAGUACAACGACCGCGCGGACGUGUACUCGCUCGGCGUGGUGCUGUCGGAACUGGACACGUGUGCGAUCCCGUUUGCGGACCAAGCGAUCGGCAAGAACGGCAAGCUCGACGGCAUGGCCGUGAUCAAGCUCGUGACCCAGAAGCGGGCGAAACCUACGUUCAGCGAGUCGUGUCCGGCGCCGGUGCUGGAGUUGGCCAUGCUAUGCUUGGACUACGAGCCAGGGAACCGACCGUCCGCGGCGGACGUGGUGCAGCUCAUUCAAUCGCAGAUCAAGCCAGCGUUGGAAGCAUAUUAACAAAGUCA